GUAAAAGCGUUUGCAGUGGUGGGAGCCGGGAGGUAGGAAAAUUUCCCUUUUAUAAAGGAGCUUAUAUCGAAGGUGUGUGUCGAUUUAUUUAUUUACAAACAUGAAGUAUCUUGUGGUGUUGUGUGCUCUUGUCGCGGCUUCCCAGUGCAAAGUUUUGCCUGAACGCGUCACGAAUAUUUUAUGCAGCCGAAAUGACCCCGAUUACAACGCUUGCACUCGCAAAGCCUUCGAAAAAUCGAUCCCUAUCCUCGUCAAGGGAAUCCCCGAAAUUAACAUGCCCCCAAUCGACCCCCUCGAACUCCCCUUCAUGUCUGUGGACCGGACCAUCAAUGAACUCGUCAGCAUCAAAGCCGUGAUGAAAAAUAUCAAAGUUCUCGGAGCCAGCAACAUCAUAAUCGAGGACACAAAAGCCAACCCUCAUAAUUACACCGCUGAAAUGAGAAUAACUCUGCCUUGGACUCAUCUUGAUAUGGAUUAUGAUGCGGUAGGACAACUUCUUAUCAUACCGUUGAGGAGUAAAGGAUUUUUCAGUGGAAACUUCACCAACACUCAAAUAUAUGCCAAGGGAAACCUCAAGCUUGUUGACAAAAACGGAGUCAAGUAUUUCCAAGUUGAUAAGUACAACAUGAAAAUCAGGGUUGGAGAUGGCGAAAUCAAACUUAUUGCUGAUAAUCCCGAUCUUCAAUUUGGAGCCGAUCUCAUUGCCAACUUCUACAAUGAAAACCCACGUCGUGUGAUGGACGCCGUGAACCCAAUCUUCGUAGAGACUGCUACAGAUUUAUACAGAGUUAUUUUGAAUCAAGUGCUGGCCACAAUCCCCGCCAAAGAAUUGUUACCCGAAUAAGAAACUAAUUUUUCAUUUUUUUCUCUGGUAGUUUUAGUGUUUUUAUUCUAUGGAAGGUUUAAAUGUUAAAUGUAGAAAUUGAGAGUCAAUUGAUAAAAUAGUUCAUAAUGGACGUCUUCUGAAUUCUAAAAAUAAUUUUGUUUAAAGUACAUUUUUAUUAAUGCGUUUUCAAAUUUAAUAAAUUUGAACCAUUUUACUUUUACGUGGUACCUACCUAAUAACUUUCAAGAUUUGUAAAAUACUUAUGUACUUAAUAAAUGGUUAGAACUGUAAAA